UGUAUUGUAUUUACCCGAGAAACACCACUGCACCAAACUCAUUCAAGAAAAAUGAAUAGAAAAGAAAACAACAUAAACCGCUAUUCUCGGGUGGCAGGUCUGUUGUAGUGCUCUGCGGACUAAGUAAAUGCCUUGAAUGCAGUUGUGACAACGAUUCUCAGAACUAGUGGCGAUCCAAGAACUUCACCUCAUCUCACAACAGCAACGAGUCAUCUGUAGAUGUGCUUAUAAACAAAGCCACAUAUCAGUGACUUAUGAAGAGCAUGUACAGAGCUUUUAAUUAAUGAUGAACGGACAUUUUGCAUCUUUACGACAAGCAAGAAUUGUGUAUGAUUUGCUUCGAAACACGUUAAGCAAACGACCAGAGAAGAAAUCUACACGUCUGGAAAAUGUUCUGGGACAUAUCUUUUUCCGGAUUUGGGAGAACUAGCUACAGAUCUUGAACGAUUUCCUAGAAAGAUUCUUAAUCAGUCCUGAUGUUUGCUAUGGAAGGCAUGCCUGUUAUGGACUGCCUGAAGGACUUCAAUCACUGAAGUUGAAGAGGGAGAGAGAAGUGGAUUUAUCCCAUUUUUUCCCCGGGAGGUACAGGUACCUAGUGGACCACAUAGACCAAAGUGAUCAACAUGUCUAUUUGGGUGAUCAUACCCAUCAGCCUUCCUGUCCUCACCAUCACUGGGAUAUGGGUUGUAUAUGCCAUGGCCCUCUACAACCAGCAUGUCUGCCCCGUGGAUAACUGGCUGUAUAAUCAGUCGUGUGAGGAGAAGCUGUCUCUACAGAGGGGUCCUGAGCUGUGCUGUACCCUGGACAAUGUCCCACUCAUCAGUAAGUGUGGCACCCUUCCCCCUGAGAGUUGCUUCUUCAGCCUCAUCUGCAGUACCGGAUCCUUCAUGGUGAUUUUGAUAGGGCUGCUGCGGUAUGCCCACGUCAUAGAGAAGCACCAGAACUGUGUCCUUAACACUGCCGGCCUUUCCACUGGCUGGAUCUGUGCUGCAGGACUCAUUAUGGUGGGCAACUUCCAGGUGGAUUAUGCCAAAGUGCUUCACUACGUGGGUGCAGGGGUGGCUUUUCCCACCAGUAUCCUGUUUGUGUGUCUGCAGUCAGCCCUGACCUACCGGCUGGCGAAGACCCAGAGAGAAUAUAACGUGGGCCACCUUCGACUGGGGAUGAGCUUGCUAGCCUUCAUCGCCCUGGUCUUCAGCGGUGUCUUCUUUGUCCAGGAGAGCUUUGUCCUGCAACACGCCUCCGCCAUCUUUGAGUGGCUCUUCUGCAUCAUCAUCAUGCUCUUCUUUGGGACCUUUGCCUUUGAGUUUGGGGACAUGUCCGGGGAUACCCUUAUGGUGCUGGCCAGAGGGGGUGUCCAGGGCUUUUCCAGCAGUGACCACAAGGCCGAGGAGGCAGGAGGGCCCAACCACCACUACCAACCAGAUGGCAUAGCAAUGCUGUAGGCCUAUCAAAGGCAGGCUUCUGUGCCCACUGACCAAUCACAAACAGGGUUGGAGUGGGAAGAGUGGAUCACUGACCAAUCAUAGACCACCAAAGGGCAUGAGGACGACGCACCCUCCAAAUGGACCUGCUCGGUAUUGCACAUAGCUAAAGCACCCAAAGCUUUUCUAACCAUUGACCAAAGACUAAUAUCAUGUUAUUGCCAUAUUUGCACUGCGUUGCAGUAGACAGUACAGGGUGGAUUGCAAACAUAUGUUACAAGUGCCUUUUGGAAGAACACAGGCAGGUGCACACACACACACACACACACACACACACACACACACACACACACACACACACACACACACACACACACACACACACACACACACACACACACACACCUUCCCUGUCUUUUCCUUUCAUCAUUACGUAAUCACUCUUGAUUAGGAGAACUUGUUCGCUUUCCGUGUAUCAGAUCCAAUGUCUUGAUUGAGUGCCUGAAAAAUCUUUAAUGACUAAGCAGAAUAUGACUGGGUCAGUACCUGUGUUAUUAUGUUUGGCCAUUCAGACACUGAACUCUGCAUCGCAUUGUUUCUACUCAGGAAAAUCUGUUACAUCACCAGCUGUUCAGUGCCUUUUAACAGGAAAUUAAAGGGAAGUUAAAGUCAAACAAAAGAGGUAUUGUUGUUUUCUGUGCUCAGAGAUAUUUGUUUUAUAUCAGAGGUUUGAUUGUUGUAUUGUAUGAAAUAUAAGCAAAUAGGGUAAAUGGGAGGUUCUGUUCGGGUGUAGUGACCCUUGUUUCAUUUUGUGAGGGACUCUGCGAAAGGAGUCUGAAAACCUUUAUUUGGUGUUGUGUGUUACGCAUUGAAACCAGUAGAGGGCGCCCUGAUCAAUGGUUUUGUUGCAGUGUCAUCCGAUGCAGAGAAAGUGUUAGUGAGAAAGAAAGCAAACCAGAGAAGUGAAUCACUUUGAACGUGUAUCCUUGUACCAAAUUGAUGACAAGAAGAAGAAAUGUUAAUACAAACAUGUUAUUUUAUGUAUGCUGUUCAAUUCUUCAGGUAUUAAUGCAAAUAUAGACACAUUUUUUACUUGAUCUAAAUCUGUCUAUUUAUCGUCUAGAACCUGUUUUUUUAUAUUUUUUUUUAUUUUUUUUUUAUCUCUGAGCUGUCUUCCAUCUAGUCAUUGUUUCAUGCCAAUCGGAUCAAUUGCUGUUCAAGCAGGCAGAGAUACAAAAUGUAUCACACCGGCUAUGACAAUUAGUGUUUUGAAAGUUCCAUAUCUUGAAAACUUGAUUUUUGACAUGCAAGGCAUUUUGGGACUGUGUCAACAGUGGACUAAUGAAACAAAUACCAAGAGAUAGUUUGAGUGGAUUAUUACUUUAAGGUGAGCAUUAUUAAUGCACCAGCAAAAAAUAAAACCCUUUUCUGAGAAUGAACUCUUAUAGAGACUGAUGAAAAGACGUAUACAUUUAAUGUUUUAUUGUUCAAAACCCUAUUUACAUUUUCCUGUUAUCUAUUGACAAACUAUAUAUGAAGGAUCUGAGUUCAUCUGGUUUCCGAGCAGUUACAGUAAUGCAUGAGAGAUGGUUAUGUAGACAAGGUAACAGCACUGGCACAACAUUCUCAGUCGUUUUUUUCUACAUUGAACCAAAAUGUGGCGACAUACCAUUUUACUCUAAAACCUUCACGCUCAGAAAAAGCUAGCCCUGCCUCUGGUAAUAUCUCUACAAUAAAAGCGUUCUAACAUAAAAGCAUGUAGAAGUUGUGUAUCUUUCAAAGAGAUUUUGUGUAUUUGUGCCUUGAUUUGAACGAAGUUUCACAAAGCACUCAACUAUACUAUUGAACCUCUAAUUGAUCAACUUUACUUGAAAUCCCUUCCCUGAAUUUUGUUAGAAAAAGUUUGGAUAAAAGGAAUUAAGAAUGAACACCACUUCACAUGUCAAUCACAGCAUGUCAAAUAGAGUGUAGUUAACAGAUGUUCUUUGAUGGUAUCAAUUAGUAUUAAAAGACCCAGUGCAGUCAAAAUAGUUUGUGUUUUGUAUCAUAUUGUUGAAAAUACAAUACUCUGCCAUUAACAGUCAUUUUUCAGGAUGCAUAUCCUUUUCCAUUAGGCCCCUCCAAUUAGGUCCCUCCAAUUAGGCCCCUCCAAUU